AUGAUCUUUACAUCAGAAUUAUUUGAUGAAGUUAUAACUGCUGUUCUUUGUUCAUUUAAUCCAAAAACAACAAAUAAUGAAAAACAAAAUGCAUUAAAAUUUCUUGAUGAUUUAAAAGAAAAUCAACCAAUACUUUGCUCAACAAUAUCAUUUGAAUUAAUAAAACAAACAAAUAGUCAACCAAUACUUCAUCACUAUAGUUUAAAUCUUCUUGAAUCAAUUAUAAAACAUAAAUGGAAUAUAUUAAAACUUGAUGAUAGACAUUUAAUCAAAAAGCAACUAUUUGUGAUUAUUAAUAGUACUUAUUUAAAUCAAAUAUUUAUGGAUCCCAUACAUAUAAGAAAUUCUUUAGCAAAAUGUUUAGUUGAAUUGAUUAAACGAGAUUGUUUUGAAAAACUUGAUACUACACUAGAUGAAUUGGUUAAUAUGUUACAAGGAAUUACUCAAAUGCAAGAGUAUAAUUCAACUCAACUUGAACUUAUUUUACUUGUUUAUCGCUUUCUUAACGAAGAACUCACAAUCUAUGGCCAAUCGAUUCAAGCACAACGUCGUCGACAAAUUCUAAAUCAAAUACAAAAACGUGUAAAUGAUAUUUUACUAUGUUUAAUUCGUAUAUCAAAUGAUUUACUGACUGCUCCAGAACAACAUGAACGUUUAACACAAACAUGUUUACUAUGCGUAAAUAGUUUUCUUACAUGGGUUGAAUAUAAUCAUUUUGAACAAUAUGAAUUAUUUCUUUGUGAAUUAUUUCUAAAGUUCUUUCAAUUGAAUUCUGUUAAAUUACGUCAUGCAUCAUUUGAAUGUUUACUAAGUCUCGUUAAUAAACGUUUAGCACGACGACAAUUACAGCAGCAACAACAACAAAGAAAUAAACGGAUUGCUUCGUUACCUGCAGCUGCAUUAAAUUGUCAUCAAGAAAAACUUUUUCUCAAUUAUUUUCUUGGAGAUAAUACAUUGGAAAUGUUCUAUCGACUUCUAAUUAGUCCAACAGAUUCACUUGAACAAUUGCGUUCGAUAGUAACAAAUGAUCAUAUGAAUUGUUUAAAAAUGUUUGGUCAAUUCCUAGUUAAAUUAUCAAAUUAUCUGUUACAAUUGUUUCAACAAUUAGCAACCAAAUCUAUUGAUGAUAAUGAAUUUUUAACGUUUGCUAAUGAACGUACGCUUUCAUUUUUGCAAUUUCUCCUCUUACUGAAUCAACAUCCAUUCCAUUUAUUAUCAUUGAAUUCUUAUCAAGCAUUAAAUUUAUUUAUCAUUCGACAAACAACAUUACUGUCAAAUGAACAAUUUUGUUUAAAGUUAAUUUUUAAUUUAAAACAAUCGUUACAUCGUAUUCAUUUUCCAUCGUCAUCAGUGACAUUAUUAUUGACAGAUAAUGAAAAUCAAUUAUUAAAAACACAAGACAUGCACAAUCAGCAACGUUUCAUCUAUGCAUUAUUUGAAUAUGAUAGUGAAGAGCAAUUCUUUUGGAAGUUUUUUUCUCAAUAUAGAAGUGAAUUACAGAAAUUAAUCAAAUCAUUUAUUGGUCUAUUUUUUACUGAAAAUGUUACAGAUAUUGAAAUGAAUAUGUUAUGUUUAAAAUUAAUUCUUGAAAAUCUUUUCAUCUAUCUCGAAUCUCUUGUUCAACGUACACCAAAUAAAACGUCAGAUUCAUUAUCAACAUCAUUGUCUUCAAAAUACCUGAUCAUCGAAUGGGAAGCAUGUUAUCUAUUAAUUGAUCAUGUUUUAUUUAUUGUUCGUAAAGAAUUAUUUUCUUCAUCAGCAUCAGCAAUAAAAUUUCAAGAAAAAUUUCAAUUAUUAUUGAUAACACCAGCAAUAAAAGAACAAUUUUUACGUACAUUAAAAUUUUUAUUACAAUUCACACCCAAUUUAAGCGAACACAUUCAUGGACAUGUUUUAAAUUUACUUUCAUGUAUGUUUUUUAUAACAGAACAUGAUCAAGCAUUAGCAAUACAAAUCAUUCAGCGUCUUUUGACAACAUUUCAAACAUAUCAAGAACAAGCGAUUGCUGGCGGUGAUAAAAAUCAAUGUGAAACAAUGCAAACACAAUCAUCAAAUGCAUUUCUUUAUCUAUGUAAAAAUUUUACUGCUAAAAUGAUCGAGUAUUAUUCUGAACUGUUUCCAUUUCUUUGUCAACUAUAUAAAAAAGAAUUUCAAUUAACAAAAACAUUUCUAUCCAUAACAGUCGAUGAGUUGUCAUGUCCAACGUUAAAAUUGCUUGAUGCAGCACAGAUAUUAUUUUACCAUAAAUUAACUCAUGCAACAAUAUUCGAUAAUAAUCAAUUAGAAGAAUUUUAUGGAUUUAUUAAACCUAUUUUUGAAAUAUUAAAUAUUUCAUUAAAAACUGAUACAUUAACAUUAUUUAUUGAAUAUCUUGAUUUAUGUUCGAAUCAGCUUGAAUCUACAAAUAUAAUACGUUAUCGACGAAGAAGUUUAAUGCUUGCUUUACACUGUUUAUGUUUAAUAUUACGUUUGUUUAAACAACAACAAUUAGAUUUCAAUAUUCGUUCCAAACUUUCGAUAUGCCUUCGUCCAAUUUUAUUUGAUUAUAUAUUAAAAGUAACACAAUUUUGUAAUCAAUUAUAUGAUAGACAAAUAAAUCCAUCGUAUGAUAUAUUAAAAGCAAAUUUAACAUAUAGUGACACAGAAAGACAAUUAUAUUUGGGUACAUAUGAAAGUAAUAAUAUGGCAAAAGCAACAAUUACAUCGACUGUUGCACCUUCAAGUACUCCAGCGUGUUAUGUUCGCUCUCAAGCGACAUCCAAUGUUACUAUUGACGAUGAACAUCUUCGCGAUUAUCUUCAUCGUCUAUUCGAUAUAUGUUAUCAAAUAAAUGGAAUUUAUUUUGCUUAUGAUACCGAUUUAUAUUAUUUAAAGUUAAACGAUGAUAAUUAUUUAUUAACAACAUAUUUACAAAAAACUCUUUUUGAAAAUUUCAAUACUCUUCCAUCAUUUCGUCUUCGUAUUGUUUUAAGACAUUUCUGUCGUUUAUUUGUUGAAAAUUAUAUAUCACCAUCAACUACUGAUAAAGAAACAAUUGAUGAAUUGUUUUUGAAAUUUCUUAAUGCAUUUUUACCUUAUAUUCAACAACGUUUAACAACAAUGUGGAGUAAUUUAUCAACAACAGCCAUUAAUUAUCAACAAGGCCAAUGUUCAGAUGAAGUUAUUGAAGAAUGUGUUUGUGUUUUAAUUACACGUGAUUUUAUUGAUAUCAUAAGAUAUUUCAUAUUUAAAACAAUACCGGGACAAAUAAAUUCGAAUUCUUCUAAUAAAAAAAAGAAUAAAACUAAUAGCGGACGUAAUAAUAGUGAAAGUAUGUGUGAAGAAAUAAAUACUGAUUUAGAUCAAAUUGAUGAAUGGGAUGAACAAAAUACAAAUAAUAGUAUUAGCAAUAAAUUAUUGAAUAGUUCAAAUGAAAAAGCUGACUAUAGUGAUCUGUUUAUGAAUAUGAUUAAAAUGUCUCGACAAAAUUCUACAUUGGCUUUACAUCUUUUCAGCAAUCUCAUCCGAAUUCUAUUUGAAUGUUUAACUUUUCCUGAUGCCUAUUGUAUUAAUCGCUUUUUACCGAUUAUUCUUCCAAUUGCAAAACUCUAUACAGAUAUUAUUGAUAAAAAUAUGGAUACAUCUUCAUUGAUUGAUAUAAAAUUAUUAUUUCAAUGUUUACUAAAAGCACUUGAAAAACAUAAUGAAAAUGAAGGUGUCAAUACAAAUCUUAUAUCAUUAAUUGGUCAUAUAUAUGAAUUAUGGUAUAAUCGAUAUGGCCAGCAAAUUGACUUGAUUUUACAUCAAACAGUUCCACAAAUUAAUAUUGAAUUAUUAAAUACAUAUAAAACACGAUUAGCAACCAUUAAUGAUAAUAAUAGUAAAAAACAGCAACAACAAAUCACCGAACGUGAACGGCGAGAUACAUUUAAAAAUUUAUUAAAUCCAAUCCUAUUGUCACCAAUAUCAAGUAAAACAAAAGAAGGAUUGAAUUCAACAAAUCCAUUUAAUAUGUAA